GGUAUAACCUCGAUAUUGAGGCCAUCAGCGGCAUUAUGGGUUCCAUCUCAAUUGNCCUGCUGGGUGGUCGUCUUCUCGCCUCAGAUCAUCGAAAACUUUAGACGCAGCAGCGCCGAGGGCCUGAGUAUAGAGUUUGUGAUUAUAUGGCUUCUUGGAGAUUUUGCCAAUAUCAUCGGUGCGGUCAUGCAAAGAGUCCUUCCUACGAUGCUCAUGAAAUCCUUCAGANUCAUCUUGGCCAUUUACUACACAUUUGCGGAUAUCGUCUUACUGGCUCAAUGCUUCUACUACCGCGGAUUCCACUUUAGAGACCCUAAGCCCGUCAAGCCCUCGGAUGUGGAAGAGGAGACUCCUAACGAGCACUCUGCUCUUUUGACGGCCAAUGGCAACGGCACCAACGAUCUUCCUCGCACACGCUCAGCAUCGUCUUUCGGCGAGCGCUUUGUGAACGAAGGCGUCCACAUGUCACCUGCGAAUCCCAUGCACCCAACCCCCAAAGUACAAAGACCAAGAACCGCCAAGCGCUCCAUCAUGCAGAAACUGCUCUUCAACUUGACUUGCAUUGUUCUCGUUGUUGCAGCCGGUGUUGCAGGCUACUACCUCAGCCCGUCAUCCAACAGCGGCAACGAAACUGAAGAACAGCAAAACGACAGUCUGCACUUCAACAUCGUCGGCCAGGUAUUCGGUUACUUGUGCGCUGUUCUUUACCUUGGCAGUCGCGUGCCUCAAUUGUUGCUCAACUACCGCCGCAAGAGCACUGAAGGCCUCAAUGCUCUUUUCUUCCUCUUCGCCUGUAUUGGAAACUUGACCUAUGUGCUUAGCAUCUUUGCCUUCAACCCUAUCUGCCAUCACGGCAAGCACGGCCAGAAAUGCAGACCUGGAGAGGCCAGUGCCAUUUACGGCAGAUACAUCUUGGUCAACCUGAGCUGGCUGCUCGGCAGUCUGGGCACGCUCUUCUUGGACUUUGGCGUCUUUGCCCAAUUCUUCAUCUACAGAGCUCAAGAUGACGAUGAGCAAAGUUUUGAAGAUGGCAUUGAAGAAGAAAAUAGAGGAAGAUCUGUACAAUAG